AUGCCCAAAAGUACAGGCACGAAGCCUUUACGCAUUUCAAUUGAUCGAGGCGGGACCUUUACAGAUUGCGUUUGCAAAGUCGUCAACGGGGACGAUAUUAUAGCAAAGAUCUUGUCUGUGGACCCGAAGAACUAUGCCGACGCACCGACCGAGGCGAUCCGUCGCGUCCUAGAGAAAUACUAUAAUUGCACCAUCCCGCGUGGAACAGAGCUCGACCUCAGGGACGUCGAAUGGAUUCGCAUGGGCACAACUGUUGCAACAAAUGCGCUACUCGAGAGGAAAGGCGAGUGGACAGCCUUACUCAUUACUGAAGGCGUUAAGGAUGUUCUUCAGAUAGGAAACCAAAGCCGGCCCCAAAUGUUUGACUUAACGAUCCGGCGACCGAUGCCCUUGUAUGCCGAAGCCUUCGAGGUGAAAGAGCGAGUCAUUGUGCAAGCUUGCAGCGACUCGGAUCUCCGAAGCAUUCAUUUGUCAUCCCCGGAGCCUGUAGAAUCCGUCAUGGGGCCCUCCGGAGAGAUAGUCCAAGUGCUCCAGCCCCUAAAUAUGGUGAGCACGAGACUUAAUCUCCAAAAGAUUUACGACCAAGGCUUCCGCUCGCUGGCAGUGUGCCUGAUGCAUUCAUACAGCUUCCCAAAGCACGAGCUACAGAUCAGAGAUAUAGCGCUCGAGAUCGGGUUUGAGAAUGUGUCACUCUCGCAUGAGACAUCUUCGAGGCCGAAGCUCGUUCCUCGUGGUAACUCCACCGUUGUAGAUGCAUACCUGACACCCAACAUCAAGCGAUACCUGCAGAGAUUCUCCGAAGGUUUCCCCGACAUCGAAAAUUCUCAGACGCGACUAGAAUUUAUGCAAUCAGAUGGAGGUUUGGUACCUUCGUCCAGUCUUUCAGGGCUCCACUCGAUUUUGUCAGGGCCAGCAGGAGGCGUUAUUGGAUAUGCUCGGACCUGCUUCGAUACUGAAACGCGAACGCCGGUGAUUGGUUUCGAUAUGGGAGGAACCAGCACUGACGUUAGUCGAUAUGACGGCAAGCUGGAUCAUAUCUUCGAGACAACGACUGCUGGGAUUACCAUCCACGCUCCACAGCUCAAUGUCAAUACGAUUGCCGCGGGAGGUGGUAGUAUUUUGACUUGGCGGGAUGGGCUCAUGUCGGUUGGGCCUGAGAGCGCCUCGUCCAAUCCAGGUCCUGCGUGCUACCGCAAAGGUGGUCCGCUGACCGUGACGGAUGCGAAUCUCGCGCUCGGCCGUUUAAUCCCUGAGGAGUUUCCUUCAGUCUUUGGUGUCAAUGAGGAUGAGCCAUUAGACAGAGACAUCGUUCUCGCCAAAUUCAAGGACCUGACCCAAGUUAUAAACCAGGAGACGGGCAAGUCCCUUACAUGGGCAGAAGUUGCGGAUGGGUUCCUUCAGGUUGCAAACUCUGCAAUGUGUGGACCCAUUCGGAGCUUGACCCUAGAAAAGGGCCAUGAUGUUGCGAAACACCAUCUCGCCUCCUUUGGCGGCGCGGGUGGCCAGCACGCCUGUGCUAUUGCUAGCGAUCUCGGUAUCAAACGCGUUCUCAUUCAUAAAUAUUCCUCGAUUCUGUCGGCCUACGGGAUCGGACUAGCAGAUGUUGUACAUGAGGAAGAGCGAGUCUGUGCGAAGGCCUUUGAUGAGUCGACCAUUGAUAUCAUCAACGAUUCCUUGGACAGCCUCGUCGACUGUGCGCGAAGCAGCAAGACUAUGGCGCCAUUCAGCAAUAUCCAGGCUUGCCGUUUCUUGAGCAUGAGAUAUGAUGGCAGCGAGACCUCGAUCAUGAUACCUUGGGAUAGCCCCGAGAGUGACGCGAAAGAAGCGUUCGUCAAUGCCCACCAUCAGCAAUUCGGAUUUACUCCGGUGAACCGUGUCGUGUAUGUAGAUACCAUUCGCGUCCGGGCAAUUGGAUGCAGUGUUUUCCAUGACAGCUCUUCGUCUCCCAGGGUCAAGUCUCUUAUGAUUCCCAAGUCUACAACGACGACAGCCACCCCAAACUCGAAGGUUUCCACGUAUUUCACUGCGGCCGGUUGGGUGGACACGCCUGUCUAUCAUCUCAAUCUUCUUUCUGAAGGAUGUCAGAUCCAGGGACCCGCUAUGAUUAUUGACAAAACGCAGACGAUCGUCGUGGGUCCAAAUUCAAAGGCGACCGUCGCUCAAGAUGUUUUGCUCCUGGACAUAGAUUCACCAAGCUCCAAGUCGACCGGCUCAGAAAGUAUCGACCCGGUUCAACUCUCCAUUUUCCGGCAUCGGUUCAUGGGAGUAGCUGAACAGAUGGGCCGUGUCCUGCAAAACGUCAGUACCAGCGCGAAUAUCAAGGAGCGGCUCGAUUUCACCUGUGCUAUAUUCACUCCGGAGGGGGACUUGGUUGCCAACGCCCCUCAUGUACCCGCCAUGAUUGGCAGUAUGGCCUUUGCCGUGAGAUCACAGAUUGCUGAGUGGCAUGGAAGGCUGCAAGAUGGCGAUGUGUUACUUUCCAAUACUCCCGCUUAUGGGGGUGUUCAUCUCCCCGACUUGACGGUGAUUACCCCGGUUUUCGACUCUGCUGGGAAGGAUAUUGUCUUUUGGGUCGCUUCGCGCGGUCAUCAUGCCGAUGUGGGUGGGAUACUUCCCGGCUCGAUGCCACCAAUGUCAAAGCUUCUCUCGGAAGAAGGUGCUAUCUUCAACUCUCAUCUCCUGGUUCGUGGCGGUCACUUCGAUGAAGAGGAGCUGCGUCACAUUCUAUGCGUGGAGCCGGCACGUUUCCCAGGCAGUAGUGGUUCCCGACGCUUCCAAGACAAUGUCACUGAUCUCAAGGCCCAAGUCGCCGCAAAUCACUGUGGUGCUCGUCUCAUGCGACGUCUCAUCGAAGAGUAUUCCUUCCGAGUGGUUCAGGUUUACAUGGGUGCAAUUCAAGAUUCGGCUGAGCUGGCCGUGCGCAAUCUCCUGAAGCGCCUCGCACAUGAGCGCAGCGGAGAAGAUAUCUCUGCUGUAGACUAUAUGGAUGAUGGUACCCCGAUCAAGCUGAAAGUGACGAUCAACCCGACAGAUGGGUCUGCCAUUUUCGACUUCACCGGCACAGGCCCCGAAGUAUACGGAAACUGGAAUGCUCCGAUUGCAAUCUGCAAUUCAGCGGUCAUUUUCACCCUGCGCUGCAUGGUCAAUUCUGAUAUCCCACUCAACCACGGAUGUAUCAAGCCAGUCCAAAUAAUCAUUCCAGAAGGGUCGCUCCUGCGUCCAAGUUCUGAAGCAGCUGUCUGCGCCGGCAAUGUGUUGACGUCGCAACGCAUCGUAGACGUCAUAUUCAAGAGCUUCAAAGUGUGCGCCGCAAGCCAAGGAUGCAUGAACAACCUGACCUUCGGCAACGAUGGCGAGAAUGGAUUUGGAUACUACGAGACCAUCGCCGGUGGCAGCGGCGCAGGCCCCAGCUGGGCGGGCACAGGUGGUGUACACACGAACAUGACCAACACGCGAAUCACCGACCCGGAGUCUCUUGAACGACGAUACCCAGUCAUCCUGCGUCGUUUCAGUCUUCGUAGCGGAAGUGGUGGUGCGGGCUUGUACCCCGGUGGCGAUGGAGUUGUCCGGGAUAUUGAGCUCAGGCUCCCCAUGUCGGUGUCGAUUCUGUCAGAACGACGGAGCUUCGCACCGUACGGGAUGGCAGGGGGGGAAGAUGGUCAGCGCGGGAAGAAUACAUGGAUCACCAAGGCUGGUCGCUGUAUCAACGUCGGCGGUAAAAGUUCGAUUCGGGUUCAACCUGGCGAUCGGUUCGUGAUUGAGACCCCCGGUGGUGGUGGUUAUGGGCCUCCUGGCGAGGUGGCCAGGAGAGAAAAGAACCAGUCGAUUGUCAUGCUUCCAUUUAUACCGGUUGCUAAUGGCAGCGUAGCUGCCAAUCGGAUCCUGGCGGAACAGGUUUAA